AUGUCCGCCAUCAAGCUCACGAGGGGCACUUCCUGCGUGCUCUGCCAGCAGCGAAAGGUCCGCUGCGACAAGAACAAGCCCUGCGCGAACUGCGUCAAGGCCCGCGUGGAAUGCCGCGUCGUGCCCCCUCAACCUCCCCGCCGGAGGAAGAAGCGGCUGCAGGAAAGGGACCUGAUUGAGAGGCUGAGAAAGUACGAGGGCCUCCUCUCCGACAACAAUAUCAAGUUCGACAGCAUCAGCGCCGAGUUCCUCGCCAGCCAGGGUCAUUCCGACGCCGGCGGCGGCAAUGACGAUGUGACGGAGCUCGAGACGGAUUUCGAGGGCCUGAGGACGAGCCCGAAACCGAGCGAUUCGACAUCGGCGGCUUCGAGAAGGAAGUCGACAAGUGAAAAACCUCCUAAAUGGUUCCCUUUGCAUAGAGAUUUCCGUGCCAACGAACACCUUCUUUACGACUCCUCCGAGGAUGAGGUCGAGGGAUCCAAGGUCCAUCAUGCUUUCGACAAGAUGUACGAAAACCAAGAGGGGUUUCCCUUCAUGGUUGGCGGAAUCAGUGCCUCUGUGACCCAUCUUCACCCGUCACCCAUUCACAUUUUUCAAAUUUGGCAGAUUUACAUUAACCGCGUAAAUCCACUGCUGCGCCUAACCCAUACCCCAACUAUUCAGGGAAAGAUCAUUGAGGCCUCGGCACGCCUCCACAGCAUCCCUAGGGACCUCGAGGCUCUCAUGUUUGCCAUCUAUCUCACAGCCAUCAACACCCUGGAGGAGGAAGAGGCGGUCGAGACCUUUGGCGAAUCCAAGACCGUGUUGUUGUCUAGAUUUCACUCUGGCUCGCAACAGUCACUUAUCAAUGCUGGUUUCAUGAGGUCCAACGACCUCAUGGUUCUCCAGGCCUUCAUUUUAUACUUGAUUGCCGUACGCCAAUUUAUGGAUCCUCGCCAAAUCUUUUGCCUGAUCGCCAUUGCCGUGCGUGUAGCCCAGCGUUUGGGACUCCACCGCGACCCAGCCCUCCUUGGGCUUUCGCCCUUUGAGGUCGAGCAACGGCGGCGGCUCUGGUGGACCAUUGUCGCCUACGACGGCCGGAUCGGCGAGAUGACGGGCGCCACGGAGCCGCCUCUGCCGCAUGCGGGAGCCACGGAGAUGAUAUUUUGUCUUGCCCGCCUUGAGUUAUCGUUGAUUGUGAGGAGCAACUCGAAUCUUGAUGAGCCUAUCAAGGCUGGCCCACCACCUUCCGAAGCCGAUCCGGGCCUUCCGACACCAGCUAGCUCUACGGCAGCGGCAUCGACCACCCCGGCGCCCAACAGCGGCACCGCCGGAUCCGAGACCCCGAACCCCGCUGGCCCGCCCCGGCUGCCCAUCCCCACCGUCCGGAGUGUGGCGAGGGAAAAUAUUAGCUACACGCUAGAGGGGUUUGCCGAGCACAUUGAGAGCCAGUACCUCCGACACUGCGACGAGCGCAUCCCGCUCCACUUCUUCACCCUUACGAUGACGAGGCAGAUGCUCCUCAAAAUGCGCGUCCUCGCGUUUCUCGUCCGGCUCGGCCACGGCGAUGCCCCACCCGGCGCGUCGGGCCUCGGGAUGCCGGGACGCGAAGGUUCCCCGCAGCAGGCACCCCUACCCUUUGACGAUGCGAAGCGGGACGAGCUGUUUUUCGAGGCCAUCCGGCUCAUCGAGUACGACGUGGUGCUGCAGGAAGCUCCCUCGCUACGCCCGUACAAGUGGUUCACCUACGUGCAUUUCCCUUUCCCGGCCUACAUGUUUUUGGUGAACGAGCUCCGCCGCCGCACGACAGGUGCGCUGGUGGAGCGUGCCUGGGAAGCCCUCAGCAUUAGCUACGAGCGGCGGGACCUCGUGAACAAGCUGCACAACCCCAUGCACAUGGCGUUUGGCCGCCUCUUCAUCAAGGCGUGGGACGCGCACGCCACCGCCCAGCGCGAGGUGGCGGGCCGCGAGGUUGUCCAACCCGCCUGGCUAGCCACCGUUCGCGCCCACGUGGAACGGUCCAAGCGGAGAGCAGGCGGACCAGGCGGCGGCGGCGGCGGCGACGGGGGCCGCAUGGAUGACGGCUUCUCCGCGUCCUCCUUUACGGGCAGCAGCAGCGUGCCCCCGAUGCCCCCUUUUGACGCGGGACACCCGCAGUAUCCCCAGACCCUCCCCACCGCCGCGCCCCUCAUCAACCCGCACGCGAGCCUGCGCGAGCGCGAGGAACAGCGCCGCCAGGUCAGCAGCGCCGCGGGCGGAAGCAGCGCCGCGGGCGGAAGCAGCGCCGCCGGACCCGACUUGAAUGACAUGGACUGGAGCUACGUCAUGCAGGAGUACGAGGCGGGCGGGUUGGCGGACUUUGGGCCGAGGCCUGGGCUUGCGCCGGCGGGUCGCUGCCGCGCAUGGGGAGUGGGGGUCGAUGAAUGGUGA